AUGAUGGACUGGGAUAUGACCGAGCAGAUUGGCACAGCCAAGUUCAUCCGCCAGCUGUACAAGACAGCUCCUCUCAGCCAGUACUUUGCCAGCGAAACCAAGCCUGGCCUCACUGCCAUCCCCGAGGAUGCGUCUGACAACGUUUGGUCUAAGUGGGUUCUUGACAACUACCGAUCCAACUUCCACCCCGUUGGAACUACUGCUAUGAUGUCCAAGGAGCUCGGUGGUGUUGUUGAUGGCAACCUCAAGGUUUACGGAACUACAAACGUUCGUGUUGUAGAUGCUGGAAUCCUGCCUUUCCAAGUUUGCGGUCAUCUCGUUUCUACGCUUUACGCUAUUGCUGAGAAGGCCUCGGACCUCAUCAAGGCUUCUGCAUAG